UAAUCGAAGCGAGACAAAUUUAGCCAUGAAAGACAAUUUUGUCCCUGCCUUUGUUCCAUUAUAAAUACAUCUCCAACACACUCAUUUUACUACUCACCAAUACCAAAUACUUUUCAAAUUCCCAUUUUACCCCUCACCGGAAAUAGAUUCUCCGAUGGACAAUCGCCGGCGACCUAUAAAACCCCAUUACCCUUCCGACAACAUUUUUUCCGACCAACCAGAUAAUCAAGAUUCCUCUAUCAAACCUUCAGAUACACUUUCGUUACCAUUGUACCUUACAAAUUGUUUGUUCUUUACCAUGUUUUUCUCAGUGAUGUACUUUCUUCUUCAUAGAUGGCGCGAGAAAAUUCGUAAAGGAUUUCCGCUCCACGUGCUUAGUUUCUCGGAAAUAACUGCUCUGGUUUCCUUGAUUGCUUCGGUUAUUUAUUUGUUGGGGUAUUUUGGUGUUGAGUUUGCUCAGUCAAUUGUCUCUGGUAAAGGAAAUAAUGAUUCUUGGGAAUGUAAUGAUGAAAGAUAUGUCGGUCCACCAACUGUUCGACAAAAUGUCUCAGUGAAAUCUGUAAUGGUAACUGAUCAAACUGUGCAGAAAAUUAAGCAUGUAGAGUUAGUGGACGAUGUUGUGGAAGGGAAAAUGCCGUCGUGUUCGUUGGAGUCGAAGUUGGGUGACUGUAAUGAUAAUGGUGUUGCAGCUCCACCACCUGUUCGACAAAAUGUGUCAGUGAAAUCUGUAAUGGUAACUGAUCGAGUAGAGUUAGAGGAUGAUGAGGUGAUUAUAAAAUUGGUGGUGGAAGGGAAAAUACAGUCGUAUUCGUUGGAGUCUAAGUUGGGUGACUGUAAAAGAGCUGCAUUUAUUCGUAAAGAGGCGUUGCAGAGGACGACAGGGAAGUCAUUAGAAGGGUUACCAUUGGACGGAUUUGAUUAUGAAUCAAUUCUCGGACAAUGUUGUGAGAUGCCGAUAGGGUAUAUUCAAAUACCAGUGGGAAUAGCUGGACCAUUGUUACUUGAUGGGAAAGAGUAUUAUGUGCCAAUGGCGACUACAGAAGGAUGUUUAGUAGCUAGUACAAACAGGGGUUGUAAAGCUAUUUAUGUUUCUGGUGGUGCCACGAGUGUUUUGUUUAGAGAUGGAAUGACUAGAGCUCCUGUAGUUAGGUUCGGAAGUGCGAAGAGAGCUGCAGAGUUGAAGUUUCUCGUUGAGGAUCCGAUGAAUUUUGAGACUCUAUCAGUUGUUUUCAACAAAUCAAGCAGAUUUGCCAGAUUACAAAACAUUCAAUGUUCAAUAGCUGGAAAAAAUCUAUACAUGAGGUUUAGCUGUAGCACUGGUGAUGCAAUGGGAAUGAACAUGGUUUCCAAAGGUGUACAAAACGUUCUUGAUUACCUUCAAAAUGAGUAUCCCGACAUGGAUAUCAUUGGCAUAUCUGGGAACUAUUGCUCGGACAAGAAACCGGCAGCAGUUAAUUGGAUUGAGGGAAGAGGAAAGUCGGUAGUUUGUGAAGCAAUCAUCAAGGAAGAGGUGGUGAAGAAAGUUCUGAAAACUGAGGUUGCUGCUCUAGUUGAGCUGAACAUGCUUAAAAACCUCACUGGCUCCGCCAUGGCUGGUGCACUUGGUGGCUUCAAUGCCCAUGCCAGUAAUAUUGUUUCAGCUGUAUAUAUAGCCACUGGCCAGGACCCUGCUCAAAAUAUUGAGAGCUCUCAUUGCAUCACUAUGAUGGAGGGUGUAAAUGAUGGCAAGGACCUCCAUAUUUCUGUCACCAUGCCUUCAAUUGAGGUGGGUACAGUAGGAGGAGGAACUCAACUUGCAUCUCAAUCAGCUUGCUUGAACUUAUUAGGAGUGAAAGGUGCCAACAGGGAGGUUCCAGGGUCAAAUGCAAGGCUCUUGGCCACAAUUAUAGCAGGUUCGGUUCUCGCCGGCGAGCUAUCCCUCAUGUCAGCUAUCUCAGCUGGGCAGCUGGUUAAGAGCCACAUGAAAUACAAUAGAUCAGGCAAAGAUGUCACAAAGGAAUCCCCCUAAUUGUGCAGAAGAUGGGUAAUUCUCCCCUCUUACUGUUUGAAAAAAGAAAAAAUUCCAAACAAGGCGAUCUGUAUGCUGUGUGUAUUCCAUGAGAAAGGUGGUAGCUAGGCCAGAUAUUAAUUUGCAAAUAUUUUUUGAAGAUAUGUGGGGAGAAGUUAGUUGGUACCUAUGUUGCUCGGAUUCUUCAAAACUGUCGUUGACGGCGUGUUGAACCCUACAAAAGUAGUGCAUUUUGGGGGACCCCGACAUAGGUGUGACAACAUUUUUAGAGUCCACGUAUCCUUAAGUUUCAUUGUAUUGAGGUGGAUGACUUUACAAUUUCUUUUGUAUUAUGUUUUGUUUAUAUGGUUUCUUUUAAUCCUUUUUUGUAUAUGAUAUAUGUUAUAUAAAAUAAUGUUAAGUCGAAUUCAUUAUCGUAUCUUGUGACGUGUUUGUGCC